GAAGAUAUGAGGGCCUCCUGUCCUGAGUUGAAUGCCACAGCUUUUGAUUUACUGCUGAAAACAGUGGUGGUUACAGUCAGUGCCUACAAAUGCUCCAUGGCUAAGAAGAGAAAAGCUGAAGACCAGAUAUCAGGUGUUCCUGUCAACAAAAGGAAGUCCCUGUUAAUGAAACCCCGCCACUACAGCCCCAGCUUGGAAUGCAAAGAAGAAAAUGAAGAAAGGAUGGAACUACAGGAAGAGAUCAGUGUCCUUGAAAGCAGCUCAACUCCAGAAGAGAGUACUCCAAAAUCAUCUGAGGAAACCCCUCAUCUGGGUGGGCAAGAAAAUUCCAGUCAAAUAAAAGACAGCUAUUCCAGCUAUCAAGACACUAUGGCCAAAUCUUUGAUGAACAUGGGAAAAUUAGCAAAAGAUGCACCCAGUCAAACAGUGGCAGAAAAUCUAAAUGAUAGUGGCAUUCAAUCCUUAAAAACAGAAAGUGAUGACACUGAUGAAUGUUACCUGAUUAACUCAGCUGAAGGAAAGGAAAAGACUCUUAUUUCUGACCCAAAAUACUGUUCAUCGGAGGAAAAUGAAAGCCACUCUGAAAUUAUGGACAACGAGUGGGAUAGCUCCUCAAAUUUCUCAGAAGAAACUAGUAUAAAGCCCCAUGUAACUCAGAAGUAUAUUGUAGAGUGUAAUCAACCCAGCAUUCUGGAAGUCCCAGAAAUUAAGAAGGAAGAGGUCGAAUAUGAUCCUUGUGAAACACUUUGUGAUUCAGAGACAGAGCUGAGAGCACCCCAGGCGUUUCACCCAGAUCCUUUUGAGAAAAGAAUUCAGAACCCCUUCCCUGAAAGUGAAGAAGAUGACAAUGAGUGCCUGUCAGAAACCACAGACGUGUCAGUUGAGCUGGACAAAACAAAAGGGAACUUGAGUUUGCUAGAGCAAGCAAUCGCUCUGCAGGCAGAGCAAGGUCAUGUGUUUCACAGCACCUACAAGGAACUGGAUAGGUUUCUUCUGGAGCAUCUAGCAGGGGAAAGGAGACAAACCAAAGUUAUUGACAUUGGUGGGAAACAGAUAUUUAGCAACAAACAUUCACCCAGGCCUGAAAAGAGAGAAACCAAAUGCCCUAUCCCAGGAUGUGAUGGCACAGGGCAUGUGACUGGGCUGUACCCUCACCAUCGCAGUCUCUCAGGCUGUCCACAUAAAGUUAGAGUGCCACUAGAAAUUCUUGCCAUGCAUGAAAAUGUUUUAAAGUGCCCCACCCCAGGAUGCACUGGAAGAGGACAUGUCAACAGCAAUCGCAACACACACCGAAGCCUUUCUGGUUGUCCAAUUGCCGCAGCUGAAAAGUUGGCAAUGUCCCAGGAAAAGAACCAGCUUGAGUCUCCAAAAGCUGGGCAGUGCCAUGAUCAGACAAACAGGACAAAUUUAGCAAAGCAGCCUGAGGUAUCUCAGUAUAGUUACAGAACUUCCCAGCCAGUCAUCUCCUCCAGAGGCAACCUCGGUAAAGAACAGGAGAAGUUUGGGAAAGUACCAUUUGAUUACGCCAGUUUUGAUGCACAAGUCUUUGGCAAACGCACAACAGCACCUGUGGCACAAGGACGAAAAACACCUCAGUUUCUUGAAUCAAAGCAUUUUUCAAAUCCAGUGAAAUUUUCUAAUCGACUGCCUAGUGGUAGCGCCCACACACAGAGCCCUUGCCAUGCCAACUCUUAUAGCUACGGUCAAUGUAGUGAAGACACCCACAUAGCAGCAGCUGCUGCUAUCCUGAACCUUUCCACCCGCUGCAGGGAAGCAGCAGAGAUCCUCUCCAACAAACCACAGAGUCUGUCUGCCAAGGGAGCUGAGAUAGAAGUGGAUGAAAAUGGCACUUUGGAUUUGAGCAUGAAAAAGAAUCGAAGCCAAGACAAAGUUAAGCCUCUCACUUCUUCCAGCACAGCACUUCCCACUCCUUCCUCUUCUCCUUUCAAAACAAGCAGCGUCCUGGUAAAUGCAGCCUUCUACCAGGCUCUUUGUGAACAGGAAGGCUGGGAUGCACCAAUCAACUACAGCAAGACCCAUGGCAGAAAAGAAGAAGAAAAAGAGAAAGAUCCAGUGAGCUCUCCAGAAAACAUGGAGGAAAAGAAGUAUCCAGGAGAUGUCUCCAUACCAAGUCCUAAACCCAAGCUCCACUCAAGAGAUCUCAAAAAGGAACUAAUCACCUGUCCAACUCCAGGAUGUGAUGGUAGCGGUCAUGUAACAGGAAAUUAUGCCUCACACCGCAGUGUUUCUGGAUGCCCAUUAGCUGACAAGACAUUAAAAUCCCUUAUGGCUGCUAAUUCUCAGGAGCUCAAGUGCCCAACACCUGGCUGUGAUGGCUCUGGCCACGUGACAGGGAACUAUGCAUCCCACAGAAGCUUAUCUGGUUGUCCUCGUGCCAGGAAAGGAGGUAUCAAAGUGACCCCUACCAAGGAAGAAAAAGAAGACCCUGAACUUAAAUGUCCAGUGAUAGGCUGUGAUGGCCAAGGUCACAUAUCAGGUAAAUACACUUCUCAUCGCACUGCUUCUGGUUGUCCUUUGGCUGCCAAGAGACAGAAGGAGAGUCCCGUCAAUGGGUCUUCACUAUCCUGGAAACUGAACAAACAAGAGCUGCCACACUGUCCUUUGCCAGGCUGCAACGGGCUGGGUCAUGUUAAUAAUGUUUUUGUCACCCACAGAAGCCUGUCUGGUUGUCCUCUGAAUGCACAAACCAUAAAAAAGGGCAAAAUUUCGGAAGAAUUAAUGACUAUCAAGCUUAAAGCAAGUGGCGGUAUUGAAAGUGAUGAAGAAAUAAGACACUUGGAUGAGGAAAUAAAAGAACUGAAUGAAUCCAAUCUUAAAAUUGAAGCUGACAUGAUGAAACUUCAAACCCAGAUCACAUCUAUGGAGACCAAUUUGAAAACAAUAGAAGAAGAGAACAAACUCAUAGAGCAGAACAACGAGAGCCUGUUGAAGGAGUUAGCUGGCUUAAGCCAAGCCCUUAUCUCCAGUCUCGCUGACAUUCAGCUUCCACAGAUGGGGCCAAUCAGUGAGCAGAAUUUCGAAGCAUAUGUAAAUACACUCACAGACAUGUACAGCAAUCUGGAACGGGACUAUUCCCCCGAAUGCAAAGCUCUGCUGGAAAGUAUCAAACAGGCAGUGAAGGGCAUCCAUGUGUAGGAUGUGAAAGCUGCUGGGCAACAGAAAUUACUUAACAGCAGUAAACUCCAGAUGGAUCUGUUAGGAGUUCAUG